GUACAUACGUCUUUGCUGUUUGGAUUACCCCUUAAGCCAUGCGUGGCGCGAGCGGCGGAUGACGGCCGUGCACAUGUGCUCGACCGCUUCCUUCAGCUAGAUGCAUGCCUCUCCAGAUUCCCUUUGUUCAUAAAACUAAUUAAUCCCCCAGCCGCCAAUCAUAUCGAUCGCAAGGCAAAGAAACCCCAGGAAUGGUAGCCUAUAUAUGCGUCCAAUUCACCCCGCAAUCAUCAGAACCACACACGGAGAGAUCUAGCUAGACGCUCUAGCAGUAUCAUUCAAAGCAAACAUUUUCAGAUCGGUCAGGCUUUGGAUCCAUCACCUCCUGCAAAUUUAGGACGCCCCCUGCUAUAGCUUGCAAAUCGAUCGACUGCUGGAAUGGCAGCAGCAGCUAGAGCCUUCGCAGUCGCGCUGCUCGCACUCGGCUGGGCGCUGGCAGUCGCCGCGGACAACGUCACGACCAGCAGCUCGUCGUCGUCUCCGGCGCCGGCGCCGCCGCCGGCCGUGUGGCAGAGGGGGCACGCCACGUUCUACGGCGGAGCGGAUGCCUCCGGGACCAUGGGUGGCGCGUGCGGGUACGGCAACCUCUACUCGCAGGGCUACGGGUCGCGCACGGCGGCGCUGAGCACGGUGCUCUUCCAGGACGGCGCCUCCUGCGGGCAGUGCUACAAGAUCGCGUGCGACCGCAAGGCGGACCCGACGUGGUGCCGGCCGGGCGUGACGGUGACCGUCACCGCCACCAACUUCUGCCCGCCCAACUGGGAGCUCCCCGACGGCGGGUGGUGCAACGCGGCGCGGCCGCACUUCGACAUGGCGCAGCCGGCGUGGGAGAAGAUCGGCGCCGACACCCGCGCCGGCAUCAUCCCCGUCGUCUACCAGCGGGUGCCCUGCGCGAGGAGGGGCGGGGUCAGGUUCACCAUCAACGGCCACGACUACUUCAACCUGGUGCUCGUCACCAACGUCGCGGCGGCGGGCUCCAUCAGGUCCAUGGACGUCAGGAGCUCCGACGACGGCGAGUGGCAGCCGAUGGCGCGGAACUGGGGCGCCAACUGGCACUCCCUGGCGUACCUCAACGGGAAGAGGCUCUCGUUCAGGGUGACCAUCACGGAUGGGCAAACCCUCGAGUUCACCAACGUGGUGCCGCCUGGGUGGACGUUCGGCGUCACAUUUGCAAGCAACUUGCAGUUCAAAUGAGAACUGCUUCAUUGGGAUUUACCGCGAUUAUUGAUGAUCUGAGGGCUGCAAUCAGAUCCAUAUAAUAAGUUGUUCUCAUGUUGUUCACUACUUGCACAUGAGAUGACAUUGGCAGCGU